AUGCUUGAUAUAACAGAUCCUCCGACGAAUCCCUUGUAUUUAGUCCCCGAGCUACAACAGCACGAUCCUCCAAUUGAACCGAUUGACAUGGGCGACGAAUAUCCAAGCGCCGAAGUCAUUGGGAUUGACCUCAGUCCCAUUCAAUCACCAUGGGUUCCUCCUAAUGUUCGAUUCCUCGUUGACGACGCCGAAGCACCGUGGCUAUACUCCGAAAACUCUAUAGACCUUGUUCAUUUGCGCAACAUGUCCAUUGCGAUCAAGGAUUGGCCUGCGCUGCUGGGACAGAUCUACCGCGCAUUAAAACCAGGAGGAUGGAUCGAGCUACCCGAAUUCCGGUGGGUAUACGGAUGCGACGACGGAACACUACGUCCCGACUUUACACCACCGCAAAUGGUAGCCAACAUCCGAGCUGCCCUCGCCAAGUCAGGCAUCGAGAUGCACGCUGCCGAGGGGAACCCCGAUAGACUCCACGACGCUGGCUUCGUCAAUAUCCGCCACGAGAUCAAGAAAGUGCCGGUCGGACCGUGGGCUAAAGACCCAAAUCUCAAGAUGAUUGGUCUCUACAACCAGAGUGUCAUCUAUGAUGGUCUGUAUGCAAUCACCAUCGGCCCGUUCACUCGAGCUUUGGGUUGGACGCCUGAAGAGGUUGAAGUCUUCCUUGUAAAAGUUCGAAGGGACUUAAAGGAUCCUUCGGUGCAUUCUUAUGUCCAUUUCCAUUCGUUAUGUGCGCAGAAGCCUUUUCACCCAUAG